AUGUUGCCGCUCGUAUUGAUAUUUCUUUUCGCACAGGGCGCAUUCUCCCUGCCGGUCUUGGAUGUCAACUUCUACGAUAUCAUCGACUCUCCAGUAAUACCCGACAAUGGUCAACUGAUCAACAGGAAUAUCACCACCGGAGCCAUGGAGUACAUCGAUGGCGGUGACAUCCCCAUGUACGGGCAUAUGAUCAUCGCUCCCGUUCACGACAUGGCCAGUCUUAAUGAUCCCAGCAGCCAAGCACUAGCCGCCCUCCACAUCAUAACCAUCAUGGGAGAAAUGGCUAAUGGCAUCCCUGGUGACGCCUGUGCAGCAUCAGCUUUUAUCAACGCCUAUCUCAACAACGGCGGGAAGUCAGCUGUCGCUAGUUACGUCCAACAGAUCAUCCGCUACAUCGAUGUGAUCGACAAUCAAUACCAAAACCUCAACGCAGUCCGUUAUUCUGCCGGAUCUCGCGGCAACUGUGCCGGUGGUGGAAGAACCUACCCAUUCGAAGAAGUCUGGGACACCAUCUUAAACAACUGUAACUCUUGGGAAUCUGCGCUCCUCAACGAGGAAUACUGCGCUGCCAAGCGCCUCUACUCCGCCUGGAACGUGAGAAGCAACAACAUUGCAGCAGCUUUCACUGCCUCCUCUAUUCCUGAAAUCAGAGAAAUAGUAAAACAGGCGCUGCCCCAAGUUGCAGACCUCUUGAGAACCGUCGCUAACGGUGGGAACCCACAUCAAGCAGCACAAGACGCCAAGGCUGCUCUCCUGGGAUGCGUCUACUAA